AUGUUUCUUGGGCGACGCGUUCUGCUUCCACGGCUUGGCGGCGUGCCAAAUGGAGCUAUCGCUGCUCGUCCCUUUGCUUCUUCUGCUAACUCCUCUAUGGACUUUCUUUUUAAUCCAACGCCGGAGCACAAGAUGCUGCGGAACACGAUCGCAAAGUUUGCGGCUGAACGGAUUGAGCCACAGGCGAGGCAAAAUGAUAUUGAGAUGCGGUUUAAUACGGAACUUAUGAGAGAACUUGGGGACCUCGGCGUGUUGGGCGUCACUGUUUCAGAUGAAGAUGGCGGUGCGGGAAUGGACGCCACCGCGUCCGUUAUUGUUCACCAUGAAAUAUCCAAGUGUGACCCGGGCUUUUGCUUGGCGUAUCUGGCACACUCCGUCCUUUUUGUCAACAACUUCUAUAAUUCUGCCACACGAGAGCAACGAGAACGAUGGCUACCGAAGGUUCUCACGGGUGAGCAUAUUGGUGCAAUGUGUAUGUCUGAGCCAGGCGCCGGCACAGACGUAUUGGGCAUGUCCACCGCUGCCAAGAAGUUGGGUGACGAGAAGUAUGUCCUAAAUGGCUGUAAAACGUGGAUCACCAACGGUACGGUUGCUGAUGUUUUACUCGUGUACGCAAAGGUGGAUGGCAAAAUAACCGCUUUUGUGGUGGAAAAGGGGACGCCUGGGUUUACAUGUGGUGCAAAGAUUGACAAGUGUGGUAUGCGAAGCUCCCAAAUGUGUCAAUUGUUUUUUGAUAAUGUGGAGCUGGACAAAACGAACAUAUUGGGUGAGGAGGGAAAGGGAAUGGUAGGGAUGAUGCGCAACCUCGAGAUUGAGCGUCUCACGCUUUCCGCUAUGGCGAUUGGUAUUGCAGACCGCUGUGUGGAGCUUAUGACGAGGUACGCUAGUGAACGUCAGGCGUUUGGAAAGCCCAUAUGGAACUAUGGGCAGAUUCAGCGUCUCAUUGCCGAGAGCUACGCAGAGACGGAGGCAGCCAAAGCCCUCACGUACUCUGUUAGCCGCAGCGUGUCGCCGACAUCUAAUAAUCGUUUAGGCAGUGAUGCAGCAAAAUUGUUUGCUGCCCCAAUUGCGAAGCGUGUGGCAGACAACACGAUGCAAGUGAUGGGCGGCAUGGGGUACUCCCGGGAAAUGCCGGUGGAACGGCUGUGGCGGGAUGCCAAGUUACUUGAAAUUGGUGGCGGAACAAUUGAGGCACACCAAAAAAAUAUAACAAAGGACUUAAUGAAGGAGUUGUAG